AUGAAUAAAUGUGUUGCCAUUAUUUGUCCCAUUCGAAGCAGCCAUAUUCGUGCUACUAAUCAGCCUAUUGCUAUAGCUUCUAUCCCUGCUCGAACACGCCUCCCAUCUGCUGGAAUAAUGAGCAAGGCAGGGCCGCGUGUAAACGUGCCUUCGCACUCCAAUGUUGCCCCCUUUAAGCCCUCUAAUACCGGGAAUCCACGAUCGGCCCCUGUCGCAAAGAAAAGGAAGCCAGACUCGAGUGCAUCCACAACCACUGCCAAACGAGCCCGUCCGCUAGCGGGAUCCUCGAGGUUUCUCAACCCAUUCCCAUCCACGAACCCUGCAGAACCCCCCAAUGCUUUUGAGCCUGGAAUAAGUGUAGCAGAGUCGGAAGAACUCACGAGACAGCUGCAGCUUCGCCACCGCUACAGGACUCCGGAAACGAGAGAUGAGGACGAGCCUGACCGUGACAUGGAUGGGGUUAUAGAUGACAUUGACGCAUUGAUUGAUCCAAGUCUUUGCAAUGAGGACUCGGAGGACAACAGCUCAGUUAUGCUUUCUCCCGUCUCCUCCCCUCUACUACCCUACUCUCGGCCACUCGCGAGUCCGUUCAUUCCAUCUGGACGGACAGCCAUAACUAGCUUGCGUGUGUCCGCGACGCCAAGUUCUCGCCCUGCUUCAGCUGGCUCUUUCUUGCGAGGAUCCACUCCAUCGUCUGAUGCCGUCGGGAGUCGUGCAUCUUUGGUAACUCCAGCAAGCAGCGUGUUCGAACUGACACAUCGACCAUCUGUGCACCCUGCAAAGAAGAAUAAUCAGCCGGCAUUCCGAACUCCGGAGUUACCUACUACACAUCCAAGUCGGGCUGGUUUUUCAACAGGAAACGAGGUAGUACAGCGCCGUCCAGCUGCAUCAGGUACCGCCAAUCAACAGUCAGCAACUGCAUUUGCAAAUCCACGAGUACACACUACCGUAUUUUCGGACAGACUGGCUAAUCUUGAUUCCACUGUCCUGGACCUUGCUGCAAAAGUCGAUCGGUUGUCGUUGCAGUGCAGAUCAGCAGCGCUCGAACCUCAAGUCCAAUACCUUAUCGAAGAGAAUGAUAUCUUGCGAGCGACAGUCGAUAAACAUCACGUUUCGAUCAAGGAGCUACAAAAAACAGUCAACGCGCAACACAACUCAUUGCAAGAGCUCCUUACACUGAUAAAUACUCGUCGUCAGUCGGAAAGUGCUGUUCCGUCAGUCAAAUCUGUGGAGAAGGCAACCAAAGCGGUCCGAGACAACACUUUCAAUACUGCCAUUAGACAGACGUUCUUGCACGCAAUGGGAAUAUCUGACUCCAAACUGGCUGCAGCCCUCGAGUCUCUUGAGGAAGGUGUUUUUUGGCUUAAUUGUCCAACUCGAGGAGCCGUGGUUCUCCGUCCGAAUUUUGAUUCUUCAUGGACGGAAAAUGCUGCAUGGAGGGAAGACAUGAUCCGAUAUGUCCGGCAAAAGGCAUGCGACGUGUACGGGCAACUGCGUGAAGAACACCUGAAGAAGAAAAACGAUGCCGACAUUACGAAGCAGUUGAAGGAAGUAUUCGAGAAUAUGAAGGAUGUCAUAAAGAAGGGAGGAAAAGGGACUGAUGCGACAGAAGCGAGAAAUCGAAAGCAACGACAGAAUGCCCGAAAAGUUCGUAAAAACAAUGAGCGCGCAGCUGAAGAUGUGCGUAAGGAAACAAAGACGAACGAUCCCGAAUGGGACUGGUUCUAUCAAGCAUGCUACCAGUCUACAGACGAGUCGGACACUGGUCUGGUUGCGAAACCAUCAGUAGAUUUCGAAUCAGAUACAGAAAACGCACCCAAAAGACCCGCAAAGUCCAAGAACAUAGAUGCCACCUGGACCUCUCGGCCCCCGUCAUACCGAGAUACCCUGGUUAACGAGAAAGUCGUCCAAAUGAAUGUCCUAGUCAGCAAAAAACGAGUAGAACGGGGCGGAAGAAAUUUCAGUGUUCCUGUCGUUAGAGGCGAAGCUCGUGAAAAAGAUCUCCCUCGACCUGGAAAUGGAAAACCAAAGAUUUUGCGAAGGUUUGUUUGUCCUGAGUGGCUCGCCAAUAAUUCAGCGCAGGACGGUCCUACUCGAAUCUACCGGAAGGACGAAUCAGAGGAGAGCAUUACAGAUGUUCUCGUGGAUGGAACUCGAGAUCUCGCGCAUCCUCCAACUGACUAUGAUGGUAUGGAUGGUGGCACAGAAGCUUACGACGGUGAUGAAGAGGGUCUCGAAGAUGACGAAGGCAACAUGCGUAAAUCUGCAGGUACCAAUGAUGCAGACUUCGACGCUUCGGUAUAG